CCGGGCGGACCGCGCACCACGGCGGGGCCGCGCCAUGGGCCCGGGCAGGGGGCCACUGGCGCUGCCGCCGCUACCGCUGCUGCUGCUGCUGCUGCCGCUGCUGGGGACCGUGCGGGUCCUGGCAGCAGGGGCCGUGUCCGCGCGUGAGGUGGGCAGCGCAGCCGAGGCUGAAGAGCUGGUGAAGAGUGGCCUGGCAUGGGAGCCGCGUGUCAAUGACUCGCGGGAAGAGGUGGGCCUGCCAACUGCUGUGGACGAUGAUAACACGUGGAGGGCACCAGGCCGUGACCUGGGCCCUGCAACCCCUGAAGCCAGGUUGGGGCCUGAAGAGGCGCCCAAGGCCUCAACCACAGUCACAGGCACUGCCUGGCUGGAGCCCGAGAGCACAGGCCUGGGCGGGGUGACCGCAGAGGUGGGCAGCGGCGACACCCAGGCCCUGCCAGCCACUCUCGCGGCUCCCGACAACACCCUGGAGCACUCGACAGUGCCCCCCAUAACCCCUGAGGCCACUGAAGCUGGGGCACCCCCCUCACCCACCGCUGCUCACCAGCUGAGCCCUGGGCCCGAACUCCCUAAGGAGAGCCCCUUGGAGGUCUGGCUGAACCUGGGCAGCCACACACCCGAUCCACAGGAGCCAGGGCCCACGGAGCCCCUUCCAGGCACCCUAGAGCCCCAGCCCACCUCAGAGAUCAUCGACAUCGACUAUUUCGAGGGACUGGAUGGUGAGGGUCGUGGUGCAGACCUGGGGGUCUUCCCGGGGUCACCAGGAACCUCUGACCACCACCCCGCCGCUGAGGAAGAGACCCCUUCCUGGAGCCUGCUUGACUUGUAUGACGACUUCACCCCCUUUGACGAGUCCGAUUUCUAUCCCACCACGUCCUUUUACGACGACUUGGAGGAAGAUGAGGAGGAAGAGGAGGAUGACAAGGAUGCAGUGGGAGGCGGAGACCUGGAAGACGAAAACGACCUCCUGCCCACAGAGAAGCCCCGCGCAGGGCCAGGCAUGGGCCAGCCCACCAGUCGGUGGCAUGCUGUACCUCCCCAGCAGACCCUGGGGCUGUCCCCUGGUGGCAGUAUCGCCCUCAGGCCCCGCCCAGGAGAGCCAGGCAAGGACCUGGCCUCUGGCGAGAAUGGUACCGAGUGCCGCAGCGGCUUCGUGCGCCACAACGGCUCUUGCAGGUCUGUGUGCGACCUCUUCCCCAGCUACUGUCACAAUGGUGGCCAGUGCUACCUGGUGGAGAACAUCGGGGCCUUCUGCAGGUGCAACACGCAGGACUACAUCUGGCACAAGGGCAUGCGCUGCGAGUCCAUCAUCACCGACUUUCAGGUGAUGUGCGUGGCCGUGGGCUCUGCAGCGCUCGUACUGCUCCUGCUCUUCAUGAUGACUGUGUUCUUCGCCAAGAAGCUCUAUCUGCUCAAGACGGAGAAUACCAAGCUUCGGAGGACCAACAAGUUCCGGACUCCAUCCGAGCUCCACAACGAUAACUUCUCCCUUUCUACCAUUGCCGAGGGCUCUCACCCAAACGAUGAUGCCAGCGCUCCCCACAAAAUCCAGGAAGUUCUCAAGUCCUGCCUGAAAGAGGAGGAGCCCUUUAACAUCCAGAACUCCAUGUCGCCCAAGCUGGAGGGCGGCAAAGGGGACCAGGCCGAUCUGGACGUGAACUGUCUCCAGAACAACCUAACCUGAAGCCGGGGAGAGGCCUUGGGGGCGGGGGGCGGGGAAGACCAUUCUCUCCUCUUGUUCAGGUCUCUUUCUCCUAACCAUUUGUUAAACUCUUUUCCUUUUCUGAUCUCAUGGCAUGCUUUGAUGUAUUUUGUACAGGAGGGAGAAAAAAACAAAAUAAGCAAAGAAACGGAACAGAAUCGCGAAUGUCGGGUCCUUCGUGCUGUCUGUACAUUGCUUCCACCGCUGUGAUUUCUAAACCUACGCUAUUAUUCAACUGACUUUUUUUUGUACUCUGACCCACCUUUUUUUGGAAUAUCAGUAAAAACAAAGUUCUUGAAAUAAAACUUUUUAAAAACUC